GGCUCCGGGCGCCUCCAGCUCCGGCUCGGGCUCCGGCUCCGGCUCCCGGCGCCGACCAGGUCCCCUUGGCCCCCGCCGCGCGCCCUCCAACCUGCUGCUGCCGCCGCCGCCGCGCCCCCCAGGAUCUGCCAGCUACCCGCGCUCUGAGCCCGGGGCCAGAUUCCCAUGGAAGCGCCGCGAUGUUCGCCCCGCGGCUGCUGGAUUUCCAGAAGACGAAAUACGCGAGGUUCAUGAACCACCGAGUCCCUGCCCACAAGAGGUACCAGCCCACAGAGUAUGAACAUGCGGCCAACUGUGCCACCCAUGCUUUCUGGAUCAUCCCCAGCAUCCUGGGCAGCUCCAACCUCUACUUCCUGUCGGACGAUGACUGGGAGACCAUCUCUGCCUGGAUCUACGGCCUCGGCCUCUGCGGCCUCUUCGUGGUGUCCACUGUGUUUCACACCAUCUCCUGGAAGAAGAGCCACCUCAGGGUGGUGGAACACUGUCUACACAUGUUCGACCGGAUGGUCAUCUAUUUCUUCAUAGCGGCUUCCUACGCACCCUGGCUGAACCUUCGGGAGCUGGGCCCCUGGGCCUCCCACAUGCGCUGGCUGGUCUGGAUUAUGGCUUCCGUGGGCACCAUCUAUGUCUUCUUCUUCCACGAGCGGUACAAGCUUGUGGAGCUUCUCUGCUACGUCGUAAUGGGCUUCUUCCCCGCCCUGGUCAUCCUCUCCAUGCCCAACACCGAGGGCAUCUGGGAGCUGGUGACUGGAGGGGUCUUCUACUGCCUGGGCAUGGUCUUCUUCAAGAGUGACGGGAGGAUCCCCUUUGCGCACGCCAUCUGGCAUCUCUUUGUAGCAUUUGGUGCUGGUACCCACUACUAUGCCAUCUGGAGGUACCUCUAUCUGCCCAGCACCCUGCAGACCAAGGUGUCCAAAUGAGGUGACCCAGACUCGAGAGGUCUUUUGGGCUUUAGGAGUGGAGCACGUUUCUGUGAACGUUAACCCAGAGCACAGCGCCAAGGCCUGUCUUCCCUUCAUUGGGUAGAGUUCUUGAUGGCUCCGAGGUGACCUCUGGUGUCAGCCAGAUCGUCCCUCGAGUCCCCAGUGAGAAAGAAAGCAUUUAGCCAUUCUUACAGAGGAGAAAUUAACCCUGUAAUGUGUUUCUAUUUUAGAUGAGUGUUUCCUAAUACAAGCAACAUUAACAUCUUCAGAAAAGGAAGCAGGCAUGGUCCUGGAAAAUUGGGGAAUGACGGGCCAAUCUGUGUUUCUUAAGGUCCUGAGGAAUCUGGCAAGGAGUCCUGUGGGUUGUUUAUACCUAGGUGGCCAGGGCCUCCUUCUCUGUUACCAAAGUCCAGGCUGGCGAAUUGUCUCUGGUUCAGGGAAAGGGGACAGCCCAGCUUGAAGAUGAGGGAUGGUGAAUGGCUGUGACCAUGGCAGACAUCACCAAUCAAGUGCAGCACAUGGGUGAUGUCAGAAUUCUUCCCAGCACAGUGUUCUGGGCAGCCAGUACCAAUCAAUUUGGCACUCAUGAUGGGACCUCUUUGCCCUUCCUCUCUGGUGUGCUCUGAAAUGGGAUAAUGGCCAGAGUAGCUGAAAAUCUCCAAAUGGGCAUUUGCAUGCCUAUCUCCUCAUUUCCCCCUCCCUUUUGGGAAGCUCCUGGAGUAGGCAGUUUGGGGGCAGUAGAGGGAAACUGAGGCACACACCCAUGCAGCCCCUGAUGUUCUGUUCCACCGUAGUUGGUUCUCAGUAGAGUUGGGAAUGAGGAUGCUGUUACUUGGCCAUUUCUUCCCAUCUCCAAAAAUCCAGAGACAUUACGAGAGCUAUUCAUUCAUAAGAUGGGGCAAACAGCCCCCAGGCACUUGCUCCCUGCUCCAUACUUAAGGUUUGUGAUGCCAACAUUUGGAUUCUCUCUUGGUGCCAAUCAGUGGCUGUUAGAGGCUACUCAGGUGUACCCCAAAGGGAAGGCACAUGGAUCUGGGGAGACUGUUCCAGGUCCUCCCAACCUCUGAAGUGCUCAGUAGCCCAACAACAAGGCUGCUGGGGGCCUGUUCUUCAGCCCCCGUCAGGGCGGGGCCAGCCUCUCUGUCCAAUGCUGCCUGGACAUUUACUGGGGAGAUGAGUAGCAGGCCCAGCUCCAGGAUCUGAAUUGGAAUCUCAGAUUCUCUGGAUAAAGAAUCUGUCUCAAGUCAGGAGGUCCUCAUUCUGCGACUCCCAACCAGGGUGGAGUGGGCACAGACAGGAUGCCUUAUGCUUAUCUCUAGCACAUUCCAGGGGGUUCCAGGGUUCCUGCACCUGGAAUCCAGUGUGUCCAAGCCAGUAUUAAAUUAUCUCAACACAUUCCACAGA